UAAGACAUGAUGACAGGAAAGAAAUGUCUGUCUACAUUAGAUGCCUUGAUAAAAAGACUUUGGAGGCUCAGAUCCCACGUGGAUGUGUUUGGAUUAAGCCUCUUUCCUAAUUUGUCUUCAUGCAGCUUUCUUUGCGGCCGAUAGAGUUCAGCUUGAUAUCGCAUACUACCGGUAGUCGUUGACGGGCAGUCUUUGAUCACCACUGAACCAUGUCCGGAACUACCCACACCCCGGGGCAAACGGGCCUUGCUCCGACACCCGACUCGGCCUCGAGCCGUAGUCCGAGCCCCAUCGCCAAAGCCAAGCCUUUUUUUCGAUCAGUACCUUUCCAAAUUGUCGUCGCUUGUGGCGUAUCCUUCACAGCCCCUGGUAUGUGGGAUGCCCUGGGCGGGCUCGGUGCCGGUGGUGCUGCUGAGCCAUAUGCUGUCAGCGCAGCCAAUGCUCUUGUAUACGGCCUGUUCGCGGUCGUGUGUGUCGCUGCAGGCGCCAUCAACAACCGUAUCGGUCUUCCGUAUGGGCUUGCUUUGGGUGCCAUAGGUUACCCGCUCUACGGUGCCGGCUUGUAUACGAAUAACGUCAGUGCCAACACUUGGUUUAUGUUAUUCGGCAGCGCCCUCUGCGGCAUCUCUGCCGGAUUUUUUUGGGCAGCCGAGGCCGCAAUCAUCAUCGGUUAUCCGUCUCCCGGAGAUCGAGCAUUCUAUCUCGCUGUCUGGCAAACUGCCAAGGCUGCAGGACCCAUUGUAGGUGGUGCCAUUAACCUGGGCCUCAAUGCAAACCGGAAGACAACAGGAUCCGUCUCGUCAUCGACUUACAUCGUUUUUAUUGUCAUUAUGUGCCUCGGCCUUCCCAUUGCGCUGUGUCUAUCACCUGCCAAUAAGGUCUGGCGCAAAGAUGGAACCGUCAUCAGCACACCGAGGGCUCCGACAUGGGGAGCGGAGUUCAAGGCUGUUGGGAAGCUCUUUGCCAGCCGUAGAAUCUUGCUACUACUGCCGGCCUUCUUCAUAAGUUACUUCUACAACGGAUUCAUGAGCACGUGGCUCGCGACAUACUUCACCGUGCGCUCGAGGGCGUUUUCGAGUUUCUUUACCAACUUUGCGGGCAUCUUCAGCUCCUUCAUGAUCGCCACGCUGCUGGACAACCAAAAGAUCCAUAUCAAGAGCCGCGGCCGCAUUGCAUUUGUUUCCAUCAUUUUCGUACUUGUGGGCACAUGGAUCUGGGCUACUGUGCUACAGAAACAGAUCUACGACGCGAGUGAACCGCCUGCUUAUGACUGGUUCCAGGGAGGAUUCGGAAAGAGCUAUGCUCUCGUUUUUUUCUGGCAGUUUGGUGGACAGGCCUUCCAACAAUUUCUAUACUGGCUUGUCGGUCAAUACGCGACAGACCUUUCGGACUUGAGUCGUCACACUGGUAUUCUGAGAGGCACUGAGGCUUUGGGUCAAACUGUUGCCUGGGCUAUGCAAUCCGAAGGCAACGCCAAUCACUUUGUUAGUAUUGGCCUCAACUUUGGUAUAACCGUUCUAUGCGUCUUUCCCACUUGGUUGGUGUUGUCUGCACUCGAAGGAAGCCAUGAGGAGGACAUAGCCAGCGCCGAAGGUAGUUUAGGCGAUGGUGAAGAGGAGGAGAUUGGGUCAAAAGCAGUGGCCAAGUAAGUGACUCAACAUCGCACAGACAGAAGUGCACUCGGUGGCUGGCGAAAUGGAUUCAACUCCUGGCUGCUACUAGGUUUGGACUGCCCAUACUUUCUACGAAAUACCCAAAUAUCAGACUACGU